UUAAACAGAAACAUGUUCUGAUACAGCCCUGCAGCAUAGAGAGAGAAUAAAGGACCAUGUCCAAGCGCAAAGUCUCUGUGGUCUUUGACCAUUUUUACAUUCCAGACAACAAAGAGUUGGUGUGCAAGGCUCGCUGCAAAUACUGUCCCCUAGAGAUGAGUUUCAACAGGAAAGCCACCAGCAACCUGCUCAACCACAUGAAGAGGAAACACGCCUCUAUACCACUGGGUCCUUCCUCUAGCAGUGACCAAUGGCCUGGCACAGAACCCACAUGUAGCCAACCACAAUCACCAAACAAAUGGAACAGCAAUGAUCCCAGUCAGAUACUUGGCAAUCAGGCAUUGGUCAAUUUGAUUGCUGGGGAGCAACUGCCCGUCUCUAUUGUGCAAAGUCCGUUCUUCCUCUCCUUCAUACAGGAGAUUCAGCCCUGCUACAACGUGCCUGACGGGGAGUAUUUUGCAAACACACUUCUGGAUCAACAGACCCGCUUUUUACAGGACAAACUGAAGACCCUCGCCAACACCGCACAGAGCGUCUGUCUGACUGUAGAUGUUUGGAAUGCAAUGGAAUUCACCUACAUGACCAUCACUGGACACCUGGUCAUCAACUACACCUUGAAAUCAGUCUUGCUCUCCUGCAAGCGUACAUGUGGGCAACAGCUGAGAGUUAGUACUACUAAGGAGAUUGACAAUGUGCUGACCCAAUACAAUGUCUCCAGAGAGACCAUCAUCUUGCUGAGUGAGAGCCCAGCACAAGGUGUCAUCAACCUCCCCGGGUUUCAGCAAACGGAGAGAGAUGGAAACAUCACUAGGGGAAUAUUAAAGAUGGAGGAUGAUGAAGAUUCAGCACACGAGACAGAAGAUGGUGAACUGACACCAGGAAGCAUGACGGCACCACUCAACAUUCAGCCUGGGCCCUCCUUCGCUCAAGCUCUCCAGCUGGUUGUUAGGGAUAGUUUGCCAGCAUCAUCACAAGCUACCACCAAUGCCUUGGCUAAAGUUUACUCCAAGGCUGCUCAAGGACACAACCGCAACAUCCAACAAGCCUCAGAUUGGACCAGUCAACUAAAAGAGGUGAGGCACAGUCUUGGUCAGUCUGGGGACCGGCAAACCCAACAUGCAAACGUUAACAGCUUCAUUGUGAGCCCAUUUGAAAGAACCUUGCUGGAGGACUUUCUCCACACGCUGCAGCCCUUUGAGGAGAUCACAGACCGCCUCAGAAGGGAGAGAGUGGUGCCUGCCAGCCUGGUCAUUCCCUCCAUCCAGGGAAUCAGGAAGCACCUGAGGUCCCCAACGGAGCAAAACCACAAGCUGGUCGUCGCUCUGGAGGUAGCGCUGGAAAAGUGGCUGACUCCUUUCGAGCGGCGAUGGUGCUACCGGAGAGCGACGGCCUUGGACCCCCGACUCAAGCUGCGGUGGUGUGAGGGGGACUGGGCACUGCAGAUGCGGCAGGACCUCCUGGGCCUGACCGGUGGAGCCGAGAGGAACGCCCUGAGUGCUGACGACACGGCAGCCAGCCUGCAGACCCAGGCCAAGAAGAGAAGCCUCUUCCCGUUUUUUGAGGAUGAACCCCAGGACAGCCAGCCGGACACCCAGGAUGAGGUGGAGACUUAUUUGCUGGAGCCCUGCAUCCCUUACCACCACGACCCGCUGGUUUAUUGGCGGGGCAACCAGCACCGCUUCCCUCAGUUGGCACAACUGGCACUUAGGCACCAGGCCAUCCCUGCUCUUCCUGUGCCCGCUAUGUAUUCAAAUAACGCCAGGAUCUCAGACGAGGAGUUCGAGAAGCUCAUGUUUAUCAAGCUCAACAGUGCUCUGCUGUGAGAAACGUACCCUUCUCUAAGUCAGCUAGGUUAGGGCCCAGAUCAUCAAUAUCUUUUUCUGAGUUAGUCCUUCAGAGGAAAAAUGCCAACAACUUUGAAAACCAUCAAUAUUGCCCAACAUGACUGCUAGCUCUCUGCCAAUCUGUGAAGAGACAGUGCACUACCACUUCCUUCUAGAUUAUAGUAACUUAUAGUAACUUUUUUUUACCUGUUCUGUCCUUGUCUUUUCAUUUUACAGAAUCUGUGUUUGCCUACGGUGGGCCAAAUACCAUACUGGUUUAACAAAACACAGCAUUAAUACCAAAAUGUCAUUAGGAAGGAAAAACUCAACUCUAGAUUGGUUGCUUUGGCUGUCGAGUUGCUAAACCCUAAUGCCACCAUGUUAGGUCAUUCUUUCUUUCCUCUUAAUGAAACGCCAGCAUACAUUCUCAACUUUCUUAUCAGUGUCAUGUAGGUUAAGCCAAGUUAAUGUUACCCAGCAUUUAGAAUGCUUUAGAAACAACACUGAUGUGUGGGCUUAUAUGUAAAACUGAAAAAGUCUGUUACACUUACAUCAAUGUACCAAUAGCAACAUUAAAAGGUAAACAAACUUUAAAAAAACAUGGUACUCACCUUCCUCAUACACAAGCUUGGCUGUGUGGUCCAGCUCAUUUACAUUAUGUCCACUGCUGCUUGUAGCCACCUAGUGGACAAUUACGGAAUGUUCAAGAUACAGAAGCUUCAUGCUAAUUCUCUAAUUGGUAACACUUUAUUUUAAUGUGUCGCUGUUACAGUGUACCUACCUAAUUAGAUA